CUGGGGAGGAGGGCGGUGCGACUGUGGUGGGACGCACAGCGAGGCUGCGAGGCGCACGCGGCUCGGGUCCUGGAACGGGCUGGGAUUGGCCGGCCCUCGGCUGCCCUUGCCCCCAGCCAAUCACCUGCGACGACUUCCUGGGGGGGUUACUUUUGGUCUCUUGCGUUUCGACCGCCAGAGCAGAUCCCCCAGGUCCCGGGUAGUUCAGGGGCUGCCGGCGACUGGAGGAAGCGCUCCUACCGCCGUGAUGAGGCCGGGGAAAGCUUGUCUGCUGGUCCUGCUCCUGGCGCUGACCCAGCUGCUGGCCGUGGCGAAGGCCGGGGAGGUGGACGGAGAUUCUAAUAAAGAAGACGCCCUUGAGGAGGAAGAAGAGGAAGAGGAAGAUGAGGAGGAGGAGGAGGAUGACUUGGAAGUUAAGGAAGAAAACGGUGUCUUGAUCCUAAACGACGCGAACUUCGAUAACUUUGUGGCUGACAAAGAUACGGUGCUGCUGGAGUUCUACGCCCCUUGGUGCGGACACUGCAAGCAGUUUGCUCCAGAAUAUGAAAAAAUCGCCAGUACCUUGAAGGAGAACGACCCUCCUGUUCCUGUUGCUAAGAUUGAUGCGACCUCAGAGUCCACGCUGGCCAGCAGGUUUGAUGUGAGUGGCUACCCCACCAUCAAGAUCCUCAAGAAGGGGCAGGCUGUGGACUACGAGGGCUCCAGGACCCAGGAAGAAAUUAUCGCCAAGGUCAAAGAGGUCUCCCAGCCCAACUGGACGCCUCCCCCCGAAGUCACGCUUGUGCUGACCACAGACAACUUUGAUGAGGUGGUGAAUGACGCAGACAUCAUCCUGGUGGAGUUUUAUGCCCCGUGGUGCGGGCACUGCAAGAAGCUGGCCCCUGAGUACGAGAAGGCCGCCAAGGAGCUGAGCAAGCGCUCUCCCCCAAUCCCCCUGGCCAAGGUCGAUGCCACCGCGGAAACGGACCUGGCCAAGAGGUUCGAUGUCUCCAGCUACCCCACGCUGAAGAUCUUCCGCAAGGGAAAGCCCUUCGAAUACAACGGCCCAAGGGAGAAAUACGGGAUCGUGGACUACAUGAUCGAGCAGUCCGGGCCACCCUCCAAGGAGGUUCUGGCCCUGAAGCAGGUCCAGGAGUUCCUCAGAGACGGAGACGACGUCAUCAUCGUGGGGGUCUUCCAGGCGCAGAGCGACCCAGCCUACCAGCUGUACCAGGACGCCGCCAACAACCUGAGAGAAGAUUAUAAAUUCUACCACACUUUCAGCACUGAAAUCGCAAAGUUCUUGAAAGCCUCCCCUGGCAAGUUGGUCAUGAUGCAGCCUGAGAAAUUCCAGUCCAAAUACGAGCCCAAGAGCAACAUGAUGGACAUCCAGGGCUCCACGGAGGGCUCAGCCAUCAAGGACUUCGUGCUGAAGCACACCUUGCCCCUGGUGGGUCACCGCAAGCCCUCCAACGAGGCCAAGCGGUACUCGCGGCGCCCUCUGGUGGUCGUGUACUACAGCGUGGACUUCAGCUUCGACUACAGAGCCGCCACUCAGUUCUGGCGGAGCAAGGUGCUGGAGGUGGCCAAGGACUUCCCCGAGUACACCUUUGCCGUGGCGGACGAGGACGACUUCACCUCGGAGGUGAAGGACCUGGGGCUCAGCGAGAGCGGCGAGGACGUCAACGCCGCCGUCCUGGACGAGGGCGGGCGCAAGUUCGCCAUGGAGCCUGACGAGUUCGACUCGGACGCCCUCCGAGGGUUCGUCCAGGCCUUCAAAAGAGGAAAACUAAAGCCAGUCAUCAAAUCCCAGCCGGUGCCCAAGAACAAUAAGGGGCCGGUCAAGGUCGUGGUGGGGAAGACCUUUGACUCCAUCGUGAUGGACCCCAAGAAGGACGUCCUCAUCGAGUUCUAUGCGCCCUGGUGCGGGCACUGCAAGCAGCUGGAGCCCGUGUACACCGCCCUGGGCAAGAAGUACAAGGGCCACAAGAGCCUGGUCAUCGCCAAGAUGGACGCCACCGCCAACGACGUCACCAGCGACCGCUACAAAGUCGAGGGGUUCCCCACCAUCUACUUCGCACCCAGUGGGGACAAGAAGAACCCAAUUAAGUUUGAGGACGGAAACAGAGACCUGGAGCACUUGAGCAAGUUCGUGGAGGAGCACAUCACAGCGCCGAGCAGGACCAGGGAAGAGCUCUAGGCUCCGAGGCCCGUGGACGGCAGGAGGGACCAGACGCCCGCCGUGGCCUCCAGCGGCCGCCGCCUGCCCUGGGCAGCGCAAGGGCUGUGUCUCCAGCUUUGUUUUUGUUUUAAUUUUUUAUACACUGAUAUUUCACCUCACACUCUGAUACUGAGUAGAAAUGAAUGAUUUGAUAGAUGAGCCCAGAUUUUUACAGAGGACACUUUUAUUUUUGUCAUUACUUGGGGUUUGAUUUUUUUUUUACCUUCCACUUUCUUUAAUAUAUUUCUUCAGACCAGAUAAGUUGAAUCUCUUCCAUGUGAAUGCUUUUCCUUAAUUUAAAACUCUGAAAACCUUUUUGCCGAAUCACGUCUGGGCCACCCUUUGCUGGGUCCCUUUCCAGCAGUGGUGGGUCGGGGCGCUACGGUGCCUGCCUCGUCGCCCCGCACCCGCCCAGGGCGUCCGCUGCCUGCCCGACCACCGGGCCUCGGAGCCGUCUGCAGGGACGCAGCAUCGGUGGGACCGGGCUUCGCUGUGCCUUCUCCACGCCUGCGGGACGAGAGAGAGGCCGCCCACCUGCGGGCGUAGCCCCACCUCUUCAGCCCGACGUGGGACGUGGGCGGAGGGGAGAGGACCGUGGGUGCCGGUGGACACUCGGGGUGGAGGAUGGGGUUGGCUGUCGUGACGGAAUAAAGCAAAUGUUGAGAGUUAA